UCUCCCCCUUCGUCUUUCGCAUCGGACAUGUCAUCGGCAAAUUCCUUCUCACCACGAAGAAGCUUUUCGCCGUCAGAUGAUGACAAACAAGAAAUUCUUGACACGGCAUCAUCAGCAGCAUCACCUCCUCGUUAUGAUCCACUCAAUCCUUGUUAUAAACCAGGCAUUCUCGAUACAAUUUACAAGGAUCUUCCACCUCCUUCUUCCCAACCUAAGUCAGCAGCAGCAAUAGCAGCCAGAGUCCCCUAUGCAGGCUAUACUAUUACUGAACCAAUAAUCCCUUCGAAUUGGCCCGGGUAUCUUAAUCCUCCUCCCCCCGAAGACAAAGAGCUAUCUGAAGAAGAGAAACAAAGGAUUUUUGAGCGUCGUUGUCAUUGGCAUAUUUUGGCUAUGAAACACUACAAUGACACACGAAAGGAAGGGGAAGAUGAGUAUAAGCUUUCGACGUCCUCGAUUCCCAAGAGAAUGGUUCAAUAUUAUAGUCUUGGCUUCCUUCAUAAGUUGAUGUGGGAGGGGAAGCCUAUAUCAACCGAAAAGUCCGAUUCUGCCAAGUAUUUUUUUGGUGCAGUCCAUGAAAUGAAUCCUGAUGAAAUGCACGUAGCAUAUGCCAAACGACUUAAACCAGAUCGUUUCUUGGAUCUUGAUCCUGCUCUACUUCCUACACGCUGAGAGAUGUGAUAUUAAGGAUCAUGAUGACUUUAGGCAAGUCUGUGUCAAUUAACUUGUGUUUUAUUUUAUUUUUUUCUUUUUACUAUAAAGUUUUGUUGUUUUGUAAUUGAAGGCAAAGAGAUCAAGAUUAGGAAAUAACAAAUUUCUGUCUUGGAUCCAGCUUCAGAGAUGGACUCGAGUAGGAAAUAACAAAUUUCUGUUCAUAUAUCGAUUGAUGUUUCAAACAUUUAGUUGUUCUUUUUAAGUCUAUCCUUUAAUUGUUGCCUCUUCGUUUUUAUGUUUUCUUGUGGUGUCAAUUCCUCAUGUAUAAGUACACUCAUUCAUAUUGGUAAAGAUUGAAUCCCUCCUAUUCUUUUCAAGUUCUAACAUUAUUCUUCUAUGCUAAGGCCAUUUCUCAAGCUUAUGUAAACUAGAAAAAAAAAUAUUGCUGGUCACUGAAAACUGUAUUUGUUUAAAUUCUUUUUAAGUAGAAUCACACCGUCUAGGGACACCAACCGUAAUGAAGGUGGUGGUAUGGAAGAAGAGAUGCACAAAAAGAAGAAUCGUGAUGAUGCUGCUGUUAUUGAAGAUGAGACACCUAAAAAAAAGGCAAAAUUUGAAGAAGGCUCGGAGAAGAUGGAUGAUAUGAGCAGUGAGCCAUCUAAAGAAUAAUAGAAGGAACGAAUUCGAGAUCUAGUAUAGAUUAAGACCCGUUUUGAUAUGCAUCAACUAAGAUACGCUAAUGGUAUAGAUGUUGUUAAAUUGAUUACAGCAAUAACUUUUACUAGACUUAUGAUACUACUAAAUUGUCCUAGUGUGUUUGUUAUGUACUAAGUUUAAUUUGGGAAUUUAAGAUAUUCUCUUAAUGUAGUAGGAUUUUUCUUUAUCCUUUAUGCGUAUAUUUUGGCAAACUAGUAUUUUGCUACGUGUGUGUGUGUGUGGCUUC